GCCAGUUGUAAAAUUAAACGAAGACAAUAAUGGCCACUUCGAUACAGAAUCUAAAAAACCUUUAAUAAAACCACAAAAGCAAUACAAAAUAAGUGAUUUAAAUAAAAUUAACAUGCCGCUACCUGAAUCAUUGUCUUCAAUUAUCACUGACGCUAAAAAGUUUACAAAUAUAGAUAUCCAUACUAAAGUCAAAGAAAUAAACCAAUCUAUCGAGAUUGAACCUUACAAGGAGGAAAUCACAUUAGUUCGAGAUGAACCAGAGACACCCGAAUUUAAUUGCGAUCUGAAAGAAUUGAAUGAUGAUAUUAAAUAUUCUCCUUAUACAGAAAUAGAUAUUGAUGACGAUGAAAAUAAUUUAAAUUUGAGUGAAGCAAUACUCAAUCCAAAAAUGUUGCUGGAAUCUCUUCAAAACGAAACAGAAGUGAUACCACCCCCGCCAGAAUUUUGUGAUGAUAUUGCGUAUUCACGGACAAACGAUAAUAAUACUAAUUACAGUGACAUGGAGUUUAAUUUUAUGAAUUCAACGGAUGAAGAAAACUUAAAUAUAUUCGCCACAGAAAAUUAUGAACAUGACCAAGCCGAUGAAGUCAUGGAUAUUAUUCCGCCAAAGGAAGUUGAAUCUUGGAAUCUUUCAACGGAAGAAGAUACAGAUUCCGUUCCCUUUAAGCCUUAUCAAUAUUCGAACAACUCACCUUGGGGUGUGCUUAGACAGAACUCUAGCCAGCGACACGAAAAAUUAAAUCGGUUUAAGUUUACAAGAAACAGUGAUUUAAAGUUGAAGAAAAGAGUGUGAUAUGGUAGUGAUGUAGCAUUGA